AUGCGUUUCUUCAGCUUCAAUAAUAAGAGAGACUCUCACAAGCAUCCCAAGAAGGAUCGCACCCUCCCUCCUCCCAAACCAGUCCUUAAUUCGCACUUUGUCAAGAGACAGACCUCCAAGAUCGGCGAACAAAAGGUACGCCCCCAGGCCUGGGUCGAUACACCUCAAAUUGUGUACUCGGCAUGGAACCAGGCUGGGGGUGAUAUCAAUCAGCCACUCGGAACUCUGCCCUCCAACUUCUCCGUCGUUCUUGUCGGUGGUGGCAUCACCAACGUUGUUCUGGCUUUCAACCUCGUCAAGGCUGGUGCAGAUGUCACGUUGAUCGAAGCCACAGACGAUGUUGGCGGCCGUCUCCGAACCAUUGAGACCCCUGAUAGUGUCAACGUUGCUGAGAUGGGAGCGAUGCGUUUUCCCCCGUCUGAAGAUCUUCUAACUGAUCCAGGCAAAGUUCCCACUGUUGUCUUCUACCAAGAAACUCCUACCUCUUGGAUCAUUAGCAACGGCUGGAGCUCUCUGAUCUCUAGGGGCUUGACUGGUGGUGCUCAGUCGAUUACCGCGGCCACUCAACUCACCGAAUGGCUCAGUUCAUCUGACACCGAGACGCGCAACCAAGUCAUCCCGGAAUGGCAAAAGUACCUAGAUGAGUUUGGCAACGACAGUUGCUACACCGCACUUCAGCGUAUCUUUGGAGAGAAGCACGAGUGGGACGGUCCGGGGGGUCAAGUCUGGACUGAAGAUGACUUUGAGCGUUUCGGCACCCUCGGCGUUGGCUCCGGUGGCUUUGGUGCCGUCUACUCUGCUGGCUUCAACUCGAUCUUCCGUCUUAUCGUCAAUGGUCUCGAGUCUGAUCAGGCCAUCUUUGCGAAGAUGACUGGCGAUGGUCUUCAAGCGACCGGAAUCCGGAAGCUGGCCAAGGCUAUCUGGCAGCGGGCUACGGACCUGGGUCUCAAGACCAAGUUUGACACUGUUGCCAAGAUCACUAGCGGUGGUGGUGAUGAUGUUGACUAUGUUGUUAUCCAAGAAACUCCAUCUUCUGAUAACGGUAACCCCACCGCUGACCAGGUCGAGUACGACCUUGCUGUUGUUGGUACCUCAAGCCGAGCCAUGAACUUCGCCUUUGCAGAUGUCUCGGACACGACCAACGAGCCCAUCAUGUCAUCUGCAGUCAACCGUGGUAUCACCGACCUCCACAUGACUGCCUCCUCCAAGCUUUACAUCCGCACGAAGAAGUUCUGGAACGACCAGCCAGCCGAUUUCCCUCGAGUCAUUCUGUCUGACACAGACCUUCCCCAGGCUUACACUCUCGACUACGGACAUCCAGACUAUGGUAUGGUCCUUCUCACGUAUGCUUGGGAGGAUCUCUCGCAGACGAUCUUGACCAUCCAAGAUCCUCACAAGCUGCUCUCUAUCCUCAAGGAGCAGAUUGCUCGGAUCAUGCGGGAUAGCAGCUAUCCCAACUACGCUGACUUCCUCGACCCCGUGACCGACGAUGACGUUUACCUAGUCCACUGGCCCCUUGAUCAGUACUCCUAUGGUGCAUUCUCCCUCGGUCUUCCAGGACAAGACAAGCUUAUCUCUUCCAUGUUCUAUGACUACCAGAAGCUCAACGAUACUUCGAGCUCGCGAGUCUUGAUCAACAGUGACUGCACGUCAUUCCUUGGAGGAUGGGUCGAUGGCGGACUGCAGCCAGCACAUAACUCUAUGGCCGCAAUCUUUGAGCGCUUUGGCUCUUUGAACCCUGUUGCGGCUGAUUUUGCGCCUUCUGCGCUUUUGGGAGCCAGCCCAUAUCAGUACUAA